AUGAGACCGACUCAGAGAAUGCUCAGCGGCCCUAACUGGAAGGUCGGCAACUGGCUUGGCCACGACUUCGGUGCUUUCGGUGGCGCUGGCAAGGUCAAGGGCAUCAUCACCUACGGCGUCGCCGCCAACCGUCAGAACCCCUUUGCCGGUGCCGCUCACGACGCCAUCUUCAACACCUUCCGCCGUACCAAGUCCCAGAUCUUCUUCUGGCUGCCUUCCCUGAUGGCUGGCUACUACCUGAUGCACUGGGCCACCGAGCGCAACGAGUACCUCAACUCCAAGGCCGGCCGUGCCGAGUUUGCCGGCUCCGAGGAGUAA